AUGCCUACAUCGUUCCCCCAGAUCAGGACAUUACCGGAGUGGCCAGACCUAGCCACCGCCCUCGAAAGUGCUUUGGCGCGGCAUGCCGGGUCACGAACGAAAACCGCCCAGUAUGUCACUUGCAAUAUCCGCAACAAUCCACACCGAACCACGUUAGGACUUCCUGAAACUUCACUCACUAUCAAUCGGAAACCUCUAGUGAGUGAAGGCAAUGGAAGUCGCAUGCACUCAUGUUGUGCAUAUCUAGGCAGCAGCGAAUCUUUUACAAGUGUGGAUAAGAAGGCCUUAGACCUUCAGUCGAUCAAUAUCUUAUGGUAUGGACAACCUACCAUUUGGGUAGUUAUUCCUCCGCAGCAUGCAGCCAGGUUGGAAGCCCUAGUCGCGCAAGAGACGCGGGAACUCCCGCGUUGCGGCCAAUUCGUUCGCCACGCCAGCUUAGUCAUGUCCCCGUCUGAACUAAUCAGAUGGGAGAUCGACUUUAACAUUUUUGCACAGUUCCCGGGAGAGGUUAUCAAAAUCGAAGAGAACGCUUAUUUUUUUACUUGGAAAACAGGAGAGCAAAUAUCGGAGACGGUCAAUUCCUAUGAGUGGUUCUGGUCAGCGCCACCACUAUACAGAUGUUGUUGCACAGACACGAUAUGCGCUCUCGACCUUGUGGAGAACUAUCGCCCAUCCUCGUCGAGUAGGCUAGACAAUAGCCCAUUUCAACCUGGAAUGUCCAUACACGCCGAUAUUUCCCUCCACGACAUAGAAGCAGCUUGUUUCCACGGAAGGGAAGUUGGCACCGAUCAUGAAACAAUGGAAGACGAAGAGUCAGCAUAUACGGAAAUAUCUGUUUAUUUCAGUCCCCUGCAGCACAUCGACUGGGCAGAUACGAGUGCGGAGUCAAGAUUGACGUCCCCGGGAGACCUCCAUCCAGAAUAUGGCACCCCAAUACUUCCGGUUGGCGGAAAUUGCGUUAGAGGAGAGGGCGGGAGUGAGCAAGCAAGCGCCAACGUCCCUGACAAAACGCCAAGUGAAAUCGGCCCGUUUGAUCCGUUUGGCACAGAGUACUUUUUCCCAUCCAGCUCCCUAGGGAUAGACGCCGACAUGUUGGAAGGCGGCCCCAACCCUCAGAUAUUGACCCAUGGUUUUCCCAGCCACCAUGACUUUUCGAGCGGAUGGGCAGGGCAAAUCCGGAGUGCAGAGGCCUUGCAACCAGAUGCUUCUGGGUCUGGAACAACAGCAGAUGACUUCUCGAUCCCUCUGUCUACUAGUUUCGAAGAGCCUCUAUUGGUUUUAGAAGGCGAUAUGAACACAGCAGAACGUUGUUUGCCACCUGGGCAGACAUGUGCUGAACAGUACGGCUGGUGCCUAACGGCACCAAUACCCACAGGUUCCACCAGUACUAUGAAUUUUGAGUCCAAGGCCGUCAUCUUUGACCAAGAAAUUGAAGACCUCAUCGCUCUCGCCCUCAGGCAUGAGUGGCGUUUACUAUGGAAGGUUACCAAUGCCCCCGACGCUAAAAGCAUAUUGGACUCAUUCCGACCACGGAAAUUACUCAACAACAAUGCCAUUCAGGAAAUCCUCCUCAUAAUGACGACAGGGCGAAAUGACGUGCACAUAGUGACCUCGGAAUUUCUUCUCCACUCUUUCAUCGAAAAUAACCAGGCUUCCACCGCGAUGAUACUGUUCCCCAUACGCGACGGGGAGCACUGUUUUUUGCUGAGCGUGAAUGGCUUGAAUCGCAUGAUAACCAUUCACGACAAUAAGCAACACGACGAUAUUGUGAACUCCUUCUCUUCGGCAAAGCUAGGUGACAGUCUCUGGGAGUUUCGGUAUAAGAAGACUGUCAAGGAUGACGGCAAGAACUCCGGCAUUGUGCUCUUACUAGAGGCCGAGAUGCUUAUAAGAGGCUAUUCAAGGAUUGUGGAAAAUUUAGAGAGCCUUCGAUUACGAUAUCUCCGUCUCCUUGUUGGCGAGUUAUUGGCAGAAAAGAGCUCCUGGAGCUUAUUUUGCAGGGAUGCCACAUCGACGGAAACCUUAAUGACGCCAGCCCUGCUAUCAACCUAUAACAUGAACACAAUUCAAGAACAGCGGCCAUUUCUACGGGACGCCAACCUGGAUCAGCUUGCAUCGGCAAUUGGAUGUGGCACCGUUUUGCAUGAUUUUGCAAAAAUAGCUCAAAACGUGCAUUCUACGUCGGAAAAAACGACAUCCACCAUUGCAGCUGUUAUGGAAGUGUUUGAUUGUGCCGAAACUCACCGCUUCGUUGCGGGUCUCCAGAAGGACUUGUCGGGAUUGAUUGUUGCGAGCAAUUUCAGGGCAUUAGUCUCUCGCUUUCGGGACGAGUUGAAAGAAAACAAAAAGGAAAGAAAAAAGCUUUCAAGAAUGCUGCGAGCCGAGGGAAGAAGUCCUCCGGCACAGCCUGAGCAUCCUCACGCAGCAUUUAGUGUCAAGGGUCGCGGUGCAGAGUCAAAGGCAUACGACGUACUUAUCGACAUUUGGCGCCAGCCCGAGAAGCCGUCUCCUCUUCGAAAACGCUUGCAAGCCGCCAACUACCACGGCCAACCGCUUCUAAUGUUUGAAGAUGUUUGCGGACUCGAGUAUCCAAUGUGGGUGAUGCUCCCCAUGCGAGACAUACCUUGCCCGGAAGACCCUCAAGUUCUCAUAAAGCCUGAGAUGUAUGUUCUUGCUGCUUCCUAA